UUCCUUCCUCCGCUCACCCAGUGGCUGAGAAGCCUGUGCCGUUUAUGGCGAGGCGUUUGCCGUCCAGAGGGAGGUCAGCUUCCUUCCUUCGGGGAGGCCCGUGGAUGCCGCUUGAACCGUCACUGCCCUUGCAGGAUGUUUGUAGUCCUCCAGAAGAAGACAGCUCUCAACAAUGAGAUCUUUUUCAAUCACUUCAAGGAAAAUAAGGCGAAGAUAGCAAGUGCAAUAACAAAGCUGUUUCCUUUCCUCGAAAGCCUCAGAGACCGCUCUUUUAUCACCAAUAAAAUCUAUACUGAUUCUCAUGAAGCCUGCAUAAACUUGGUUCCUGUGCCGAGGGUGGUGUACAAUGUUCUCUGCCACCUCGAGAAGAGAUUUGAUUGUUCACUUCUAGAAGUCCUGUUCAGCAGGGUUAACCUGAAGGAAUAUCCUGAUUUAAUUGAGAUUCACAAAAGCUUCGAAAAUGUGCUCCAAGACAAAUAUUCUCCCCAGAAAAGUGAUGGAAAAGAGACACAAAAAAUGCACAGCAUUCAGCCAAACUGUGAAAGAGGAACUGGUGAAAACUCCUUGCCAAGCCUGCCUGGACCACACUCGGAUUCCUCCUUUUCCACUGGUACAACCCCACCUGAGAGCGGACUCUUGGAGCACCUCCGUGAAACAGAACAAGCAAAUACAAAAGGAAAAGAUACAACCAGAGACAAAAGUGAUGUACUAGGAAGCCAAGAAGCAAAUCAACAAUGUGCCCAAGAGCCUGAGCCAGCAGGGUUAGAGCUACACAACCCAGGAAUCCAAAUGAAUUCCUGUUCUGUGCAUCUGGUGGAUAUAAAGAAAGAGGCGCAACUUUUUAACUCAGAAGAUGAGCAGCAAGCCCAAGCAGGAGCUAACCAUAACCAGGCAUCUGACACAAUAGUGAUCAAGGAAUAUGGAUCUUCAGAAUCAAGCGAGACAGAGGAGGCCCAAGAAGCCACUUGCUCACGACCCCAGAUUGCACCAGAUCCUGUGGAUAUUGGAAACACACUUACUUGUUGGAUACUUAAAAGGAAAAGACCACAUAGGCCUCAAGGUGUUCCAUGUCCCAAGUGCAAUACAGGGCAUGACUGUGACUUUUCAGAAUCCAGUGAGGAUGAGUCACCCCCGGAAGCCCGGAGCUCAGCACUGAGACGUGGGUGUGGUGAGAAGGGGAUCAACAGUAGUGACUCUUCAGAGCCAAGUCAUGGAGAAGACCCUGAGGAAACCUGCAGCUCAGCCCUGAGAAGUGCGUCAGGAGCAGAGCUACAAAGACCUGAAAAGGAGAAGUGUUCCUGUGUCAUGUGUUUUUCAAGUGGAGUGCCAAGAAUUCAAGAAGCAACAGCAGAAAGUAGCCAAACACCUGACAUGAUGGAUGCCAUGGAUGCUGGAAACAAUUCUGCUUUGGAAAAACACAGUGGAAAAAGAACAGAUUCUUCUUUCUCUGACUCUGAAUCACUCUCAGAGUCAUCUGGACUUUCAGGAUCAGGUGAAUCAUCAUCAUCAUCAUCAUCAUCAUCAUCAUCAUCAACAUCAUCAUCAUCAUCAUCAUCAUCAUCACGUCUCCAGCCACAUCACCUUCUUCAUCAUGAUUGUCUAUCUCACUGAAGCCAAGUCCAUGAUGUCGCCGAUAUCUUCCUGAUAAUUUACUGUCCCUACUUUGCUGAUAUUGAGACUCCAGUUCUUCAUGAAUUUUCUUGUCUUCUUCCCCUGUUCAGAAGUGCGAUGCUGUUUUGUGAUUUCCUAUAACAAGACGCCCAGUAUAUUCUUUCUUUCCUGCACCCAUCAGUCUCAAGAAUUUUUGUUUUUUCUCUUCAUUAUCCAAGUCUGCUGCCUCCCAAUUGCUGGAUCCAAGAUCGUCAUCUGGGGAGGCUGGUCGCUUCACCCCAUGGGGGUGACGCGCUGGGGCAGCGCUCAUCAUUGUAGGCAUCCCGACGGGAAAUGCUAAACCCACUCGCGGUUCUUCUCAGCCGCGACGCCAGCAGCCUGAAAUCUGCCACCGGCCUAAGCAGCUCUACUCCAGAACGCAGACCUUCUGUUGUUUUUCUUUUAGGUUUGUUAAAGGAAUCUUUUGUCCUAGAGAAGUUCUAAAUUUUUAGGCAGUUAAAUUUGUCAGGCCUUUGCUCACUGGUGCCUGGAGUUCAUAUCAUAUUUACAACAGCCAUUUCUUCCUCAAGUUUUAAAAAAUAUUGUUCUAUAUUUGAUUCUGGAAUGUUUGAAGUACCUGAUUAUUUUUAAUGUUUAGAUGUACAAUCCACAUGGGAUUUGCCUCUUUGUGUAUAUGAGGUGGGAAUUUGAAAAAUAUUCUCUACACUGUUGCAUCAUGAUUUAAAUCUCCAGUUUGAUCACACAGUAUCUUUACCUGUCUACAUUCUGUGUUUGCUUUGUAACCAAAGCGGCUAUAGAAGAGAAAGGAGAGCUCAGAAUCAUCCUGAUGAUUCACUGGGGGUAAAUUUUAGGAUGAACUCAGGAAGAUCUCCCCUUACUUCUUUCCUAAGUCCAUUGGAACGUUUGAUUAGAAAUGCAUUGAAUUUCCAGAUUAAUUUAGGGAGAACAGAGACUUUUACCCUUUUAUUCAUGUCUUAUUUAAUGUUCUUCCACUAAGAAUUCUCUUUGUACAACUCUUACAAUUUUAAAGUUUUAUAUGCUAUUUGUGUCACUAUGAAUAUCUGGUUUUUUUCAUUAGAUAAUAACUGGAGUAAAUUUUGAUGAGACAAGACUCUCAAACUUUUCAGUAAUAUUUAAGUGGAAAUUCUGUAGUCAUUUUAUUAUCUAUUUGUAUGUAAGGGAAUCAGGAUGCCAAUGAUUUAAUAUAAAAUUAUUCCAGUAUUUACAUAGUAUAGGGAUCCAAAUGUCUCUUAAAAUAUUACAGCCAGGCUCAGAAAUUAUCCAGUGUCAAGACAAUCAAAUGGGAGAAAAUAUUCACAAGCUAUAUACAUCCUAUAAAGGACUAAUAGCCAGAAUCUGCAAAGAAGUCAAGCAAAUCAGCGAGAAAAAUCAACCCUCAUCAAAAAGUGGGCAAAGGACAUGCACAGAAGUUUCUUAAAAGAAGAUUGACAAAUGGUCAA